AUGCAUCGCUUCAAGGUGUCUAAGUUCCGGCAUACAGAGGCCCGGCCGCCCCGCCGCGAGGCCUGGAUCACUGAUAUUCGAGCAGGAACCACCCCCUCUUGUGGGAACCAUAUCAAAUCCAGCUGCAGCUUGAUAGCGUUUAACUCCGACCGUCCAGGUGUGCUGGGCAUCGUGCCUCUGGAUGGCCAGGGAGAGAAGAGACACGUGACCCACCUGGGCUGUCAUUCAGACCUGGUCACGGACUUCGAUUUCUCUCCCUUUGAUGACUUCCUCCUGGCCACAGGCUCAGCGGACAGGACGGUGAAGCUGUGGCGGCUGCCUGCUUCAAGCCAGGCCCUGCCCACAGUUCCCGGGCUAGUGCUCGGCCCCGAGGCUGUUCAGGUGGAGGCUCUGCAGUUUCACCCCACCGCUGACGGGGUCCUGGUGAGCACAGCCGGCAAGAUUGCCAAGGUCUGGGACGUGGCCAAGCAGCUACCCCUCACAGAGCUGACGGACCAUGGGGACCUGGUGCAGAGUGCAGCUUGGAGCCGGGACGGCGCCCUCCUGGGCACAGCAUGUAAGGACAAGCAGCUGCGGGUCUUUGACCCCCGAGCCAAGGCCAAGGCCUCACAGUGCACACAAGCUCAUGAGAACUGCAGGGCCGGCCGACUGGUGUGGACGGGCACCCAAGAACACCUUGUGUCCACAGGAACCAACCAGAUGCGGGAGCGGGAAGUGAAGCUCUGGGACACCCGGCACCUGGCCAGCGCACUGACCUCCCUCACCCUGGACACCUCACCAGGGUCUUUGAUGCCCCUGCUGGACCCAGACUCUGGACUUCUGGUCCUGGCAGGAAAGGGAGAGAGACAGUUGUUCUGCUAUGAGGUGGCUUCACUGCAGCCAGCACUGAACCCAGUGAACCAGUGCAUCCUGGAGAACACCCUAAGGGGGGCAGCGCUUGCUCCCAGGAGGGUGCUGGCUGUCCUUGACUGUGAGGUGCUCCGUGUCCUGCAGCUGAGUGACAUAGCCAUCGUACCUAUCAGCUACCAUGUGCCCCGCAAGGCUGUGGAGUUCCAUGAGGACCUGUUUCCAGACACCGCAGGCUGUGUGCCCGCCUCUGAGCCCCAAGCCUGGUGGGCAGGGAGCAACCAGCAGGUGCAGAGGGUCAGCCUCAACCCAGCCCGCCAGCCCUACACCAGCUUCACAUCCCCCCUGCUGCUCCCACUUUCAGAGUCGCUCCCCAGCCCUGCCCGGCCCCCAGAGAUGCCGUUGGAAGACAACAACCCCAGUGACGGCUUCUCCUCCCCACUCAGCUCGCUGGCCUCACCUUCCACACCUUCCAGCCUGGCCCCCUCUCACUCCAGCACCAGCGGUAUUGGCACCAGCCCCAGCCAGAGGUCACUGCAAAGCCUGCUGGGCCCCAGCUCCAAGUUCCGCCAUGCUCAGGGCACUGUCCUGCAUCGAGGCAGCCACAUCACCAACCUCAAGGGGCUCAACCUCACCACACCCGGCGAGAGUGACGGCUUCUGCGCCAACCAGUUUCGUGUGGCAGUGCCCCUGCUCAGCAGUGGCGGGCAGGUGGCCGUUCUCGAGCUGCAGAAGCCAGGCCGCCUGCCCGACACUGCGCUGCCCACACUUCAGAAUGGGGUGGCUGUGACCGACCUGGCCUGGGAUCCCUUUGACCCGCAUCGCCUGGCCGUGGCCGGGGAAGAUGCCAGGAUCCGACUAUGGCGUGUGCCCCCGGGGGGCCUGCAGGAGGUGCUCACCACCCCCGAGGCAGUGCUUACAGGCCACACGGAGAAGAUCUACUCUCUACGCUUUCACCCACUGGCAGCUGAUGUGCUGGCCUCCUCUUCCUACGACCUCACAGUUCGAGUCUGGGACCUGAGGUGUGGAGCCGAGCAACUAAAGCUACAGGGUCACCAGGACCAGAUCUUUGGCCUGGCCUGGAGUCCAGACGGGCAGCAGCUAGCCACUGUGUGCAAGGAUGGGCGCGUGCGCAUCUAUGAGCCCAGGAGUGGCCUCGAGCCCCUGCAGGAAGGCCCAGGGCCCGAGGGGAGCCGCGGAGCCCGAGUUGUCUGGGUGUGUAAUGGCCACUGUCUGCUGGUGUCUGGCUUUGAUAGCCGAAGCGAGCGUCAACUUCUGCUAUAUUUGCCUGAGACGCUGGCUGGGGGCCCCUUGGCCGUACUAGGCCUGGACGUGGCCCCCUCGACUCUGCUGCCCAGCUACGACCCGGACACAGGCCUGGUGCUACUCACCGGCAAGGGCGACACCCGCGUGUUCUUGUAUGAACUGCUGCCUGAGGCCCCUUUCUUCCUGGAGUGCAACAGCUUCACGUCACCAGAUCCCCACAAAGGUUUCGUCCUCCUGCCCAAGACAGAGUGUGAUGUACGGGAAGUAGAGUUUGCCCGAUGCUUACGGCUCCGGCAGACCUCCCUGGAGCCGGUCACCUUUCGGCUACCCCGAGUCAGAAAAGAGUUCUUCCAAGACGACGUGUUCCCAGACACAGUCAUCAGUUGGGAACCCGUGCUCAGCGCUGAAGCCUGGCUGGGAGGCACUAACGCACAACCUCGGCUCCUCUGCCUGAGGCCCCCUGACAUGACCCCAGUAAGCCAGGCCCCUCGAGAGGCUCCUGCCCGGCGGGCCCCCUCCUCAGCGUUCUACCUGGAAGAGAAGUCAGACCAGCAAAAGAAGGAAGAGCUGCUGAGCGCCAUGGUAGCAAAGCUAGGGAACCGGGAAGACCCACUCCCUCAGGACUCUUUUGAGGGUGUGGACGAAGAUGAGUGGCCACUCUCGGGAAUUGUUCACACCUCUGCUUUCUCUGAGACUAGCCGCUUCUCCUCAGCUGCCUGCUAG